AUGUCGGGUAGCCUCGAGGUCGCCGCGGGGAUCUUCGCGAUCAUCGGUGUAGCCGAUGUUGUUGUACGAAUGGGAAGGGAGGUUCAUGGAUUUCUACGCGACAUCGCAGGUGCGCCAGAAGAGAUCGACAGACUUUGUACCACCGUCAAAGAGACUGCGCUACUGGCCGAAACCGUGAAACAACUUCUCGAUACCCUGGCUUGUCGGAAACAACCCAAUGUGACGAAUCACAUGGUAGCGCUUUUCGAAUCUGCGCUCAAGAGCUUGCAACGCGAAUUACAAAACUUGAGGAUACUAAGCGCGAGAUUUAGGAGUGGCGGCAAGACUUGGAGUAGGGUGAAGUACGUUCUAGAUGAGCGGAAGAUCAGCAAGAUGUUCAACAAUCUAGAACGGUCAAAGAGUCUACUAGGCAACUCUCUGCAUGUUGCAAACAGGCAAAGAUUAGACGAUCAACACCUGGAGCUACUGCAAAGGCACGACACAAACCAAGCCACGUUGAUUCAAGGACAAGAACUUCUAGGACGGAUGUCGGUCUACCACUACCAGGAAACCAAGCGGACUUCGAAGAUCUUGGCAACCACUCACCAAGAGCAAGUGAACGAGCACCGAAAGACCCGCGAAGUCCUAUCAGAAAAGAUCGGCGAUGCCAUAGCCGCUGAGUUUGGGAGGUAUCGCAUACCUCGCGCCGAUAGAUGGAUGAAAAAUAUCUUCUUCUUCGGUGAACGUCGCGACAUGAUCAUGGCGUAUCUACUUCUCGUCAAACCUCAUCUAGAAGCAGCGUUCAGAAAUCUGCUGAUCGAUGGUAUUGACCGCUUUCCCCCACACUACGUCGACUGGCUGCGGUACGAGUUCGACCACCUUGUAGCAUCAGCAGCGCAGGAAGAAGCAACGAGACACAGAGGAACUUCCGCAACAUCUUUCGACCGAUGGCAUUACUCUGAGGAGACGAUGCCACAUCAUUCUAGGGUAUCUGGGCGUGCAAUUGAAGAGUCGAACACCAUUUCAGAUACACCAGAGGCAGACUACGCAAACCUCUAUCUCAGCGCGCCGGUGAUCGCGGGCCAAAGGGCAUAUACACAAACUACUCCCUUCGGUAGUCUACGUAUACAGUCUCCCCGACGAGCGGUCAAAGCCAAGUUCAAACGUCCAAAUAACGAGGCCAGUUUCACGUUCACUUGUGGUAUUGGCCAGUCAGUCCACGCCAUUCACGCCCACUUCCUUCGUAACGCAGCCAAUGCGUCGAAUCCGGGGCUCUGCGCUCAACUCAGUGUAUUCACAUUGGCUGAGUCCGAGACGCAUUACAACCAGCUUUUUGCAUCUGCUGGUGUCGAAGAGAUCGACGACGCAUUACGGAGAGGCGUCAUCUCUCCAUAUGAGAUUAACCGUGAAGGAAGAAAUCUAUGUCUAUAUUAUGCUGCAGAGAACACACGAGUAGAUCUGCUCGACUAUUUGGCAACCCAAGGUAUUGGGGUAUCGAACCUGAACCACGAUGUCAGCAUAGUCGCAGGUCUCUUCGUGCGCUCAAUAGUUGAUGACGACCGUGCCCCCUUCGAGAAAACCGUCGAUUACAUCAUCCCCCAAGUAUACGAGUCAUCUUCAUUCCUCUUCGAGACGACAAUGAACAUGCUGCUCUGGGACUACUACCAAGGACGACCGCGUUCCCUACUACGACAACAAAUACAAAGACUGCAGCAAGAGGGUCUCAUUUCCGACUCUGUAGUCAUGAACGACGACCCGUGGGACUGGCCCUCAGUAUCGAGCAUCAUGGCUCCACUUUUCGAAGUCGACGCUGCGUACAUCAACACGAUUGGUAGUCUUGGCCGCAACAGGAUACAGCGUUGCUACCGCGUUAUUGACCAUGGAAGUAGUCCAGGAGAUCCGGUCGCUGUCGAAGAGAUUGCAAAUGCGUUGAUAAGAGCGGGUGUUGAUGUGCAUCACCGCGACCAUGACGGUCUGACCCCAAGUAUGUAUGCCAGACGCUGUGGCGCAUGGGAUGGAUGGUGCAGCGCACUUGCGACGAAUGGACUGCGUAUUGAAGAUGUAGUGAGAGAAGAAGAUGCGGAAUGGCUCUUGGAUGAAGGCUGGAGGCAUGUUAUGAAGGAAAAGCAUGGGGAGCUGGCGGUCACGGGGUAG